UUAAAAUAUGAAUGUGUAUUGUGACGAUGAUUUCUAAGGAGAGAUAAUCAAUCUAUUUGCAAUGAUAAAAAAAUAAUUCAUUCAAUGACGCUCUUUUCAUCAUCAUGGACUUUCAAAACACCAUGAAGUCCAAAACGAGCGAGGGAUCACUCAAGAAAAAUCGUUUCCUGCAAUAUAAACGGUGAGCCAACAUUCACCGUCACCAUGAUGAACGUAAUGGCGGCGAUGUCGACGGGCCUACCUCAAAUGGAGUCCACGUCUUCAUCAGUCUUCAACAACACUAUUACCGCUUUUAGCACAACAGCGACCACAACAACAGCCGCAAAUGUAACGUCAUCAGUAGAAAAUCCGACGGUGGAAAAUCUUCCCGAAAAUGUCAACGUGUUAGUGGUGGCGAUCAAGGGUUUUAUUAUGGGCACCAUCAUCACUACGGCGGUUUUGGGCAAUAUGCUAGUGAUUGCCAGCGUGCGGAGGCAUCGUAGGUUACGAGUAGUCACUAACUGUUACGUCGUCAGUCUGGCAGCGGCCGAUCUCUUGGUGGCAAUGUGCGCUAUGACCUUCAAUGCCUCAGUGGAGCUCUCAGGAGGAAAAUGGCUCUUUGGGACGAUUAUGUGCGACCUGUGGAAUUCGCUGGACGUAUACUUCAGCACCGCUAGCAUCCUCCAUCUUUGUUGUAUCAGUGUGGAUAGAUAUUAUGCCAUAGUAAGCCCGCUUGAGUACACAGUGAUAAUGAAGCAGAGUACUGUGGGAUGUAUGCUGGGUAGCGCUUGGGCCCUGCCGGCGCUGAUAAGCUUUAUUCCAAUUUUCAUGGGAUGGUACACGACAAAAGAACAUCUAGAAUACAUGGUGCAGCACCCGGAGAGUUGCGAGUUCCGAGUGAAUUUACCAUACGCGCUUAUCAGUUCCUGCGUAUCUUUUUGGAUCCCAGGUCUGGUGAUGAUUAUCAUGUACUGUAAGAUCUACAAGGAGGCAAUUCGACAACGAAAAGCGCUCAGCCGAACGUCCAGCAACAUCGUCCUCAAUAGCGUACACCAUCAUCGCUCAUCUACGCGGCACCAUCAUCAUCAACAGAUGUUGUUGCAGGCCGCUGCCGAUACCGGUGAGCUAGCCCUUCAUACAGCACACUUCGCAGUGCCCACGGAGCUCCACGCCGUUAACGGUGAGUGGAACUCCGUCCAUAUGUGUGUAUUCAAUUUCUAA